GCUUUACAAGUCCUCAAUCUUUCAUACACACAUUCCCACACACUACUAUAACUCUCUCAUAAGGCAAUCAUGGUGUCAUUGACAUACCCCACCAUGAAAAAUGUUGUUGUCCCUCUUUUCUUGCAUAUGUUUCUUGCCUUUUCGCUCACCGUUUGGGGGCGACCGGCCUUUUUUGCGCAGGACUUUCGUAUCACUUGGUCGGACACCCAUAUCCGGCAACUCGAAGGCGGGAGGGCCAUCCAGCUAGUUCUCGACCGCAAUUCAGGAUGUGGUUUUGCUUCCAAGAGCCAGUACUUGUUUGGCAGGGUCAGCAUGAAGAUCAAGCUCGUCCCCGGUGACUCUGCCGGCACUGUCACCGCCUUUUAUAUGAAUUCUGACACUGACAACAUACGUGAUGAGCUGGACUUUGAAUUCUUGGGGAAUCGUACUGGACAGCCUUACACAGUCCAGACCAAUGUGUACGCUCAUGGAAAGGGUGAUCGGGAGCAAAGGAUCAACCUCUGGUUCGACCCUGCUGCUGAGUUCCACACUUACUCCAUUUUGUGGAACCAUCGUCAUGUUGUCUUCUACGUGGAUGAAGUGCCAAUCAGAGUGUACAAGAACAAUGAAGCCAGAGGAAUUCCAUUCCCAAAGUUCCAACCAAUGGGAGUGUACUCCACCUUGUGGGAAGCAGAUGAUUGGGCAACAAGGGGUGGUCUUGAGAAAAUAGAUUGGAGCAAAGCCCCUUUCUAUGCCUACUACAAGGACUUCGACAUUGAGGGAUGCCCUAUGCCAGGACCUUCAACUUGUGCCUCAAACCCUCGAAAUUGGUGGGAAGGAGGUGCUUACCAACAGCUCAGCAUUGUCGAAGCUCGACGAUACAAGUGGGUUCGUAUGAACCACAUGAUUUACGACUACUGCACUGAUAAAUCGCGCUACCCCGUCACUCCACCGGAGUGCGUGGCCGGAUUCUAAAUUCCAUCCAGUCAGUCACCGUACGCACAUCUGAUUAAUCUAUGUGAAGUUACGAAAAUAUCCAGUGUGCAAAUGGAGGGGGUGUGGAGGGAAUAAUUUGGGUAUGUGUUCAUAAAUAAGCCUAAGUUUGUGGAGGGUUUGUCAAAGGAGUGUGCAAAAGUUUGUGGAGGGUUUUUUUUUUUUAUACAAUAUGUUUGUGCUUGUAUUUGUUGCACAGUGUUUGUGCGAAUAAUGCUCAUAAUUGUGAAAAAGAUGUAUUUAUAUAAAUAUAUAUAAUAUACCCAAAUGUCAAUAUCUCAACUUGAGGCAAAUAA